UAUAUAUAUAUAUAUAUAUAUAUAUAUAUAUAUAUAUAUCUAGUAGUAGUCGCUCUAGCGUCUUGUAAUAUAUUGAUAGAACUAGAGUUUGUAGUGAUAUUUUCAACUUUUGUUCUCUUCCUUUUGUCUCACCAACUAAAACACUCAAAUAUCCCAGAGAGAGAGAGAGAGAGAGAGAGGUGGCCAUGUCUCUAGCUUACUGUGUUAAGGAACAGAAACCUUGUGUUCGCUGGGUAGAGAAGUACUUCAAGGAUUGCCUUUGCAGUCUAAAAGAUGAGUUCUCUUUCACUUUUGGGCUCAUUAGUCUAGUGUGUUGGGGAGUUGCAGAAAUCCCUCAAAUCAUCACCAACUUUCGCACAAAGUCCAGCCAUGGAGUUUCUCUUGCUUUUCUCCUCACUUGGGUUGCCGGAGACAUCUUUAAUCUGGUGGGCUGCUUACUGGAGCCAGCAACGUUGCCAACCCAAUAUUACACUGCUGUGCUCUACACAACAAGUACUGUAGUACUAGUGUUGCAGGGUCUAUACUACGAUCAUGUCUACAGGUGGUGUAGAUGCAGGAAAACCAAAGAUAAUCAACAAGUUGAUGAUGACCAAGACCCAUUGAAGCCCAAGUCAGCUGAUCGUUCAGGCAUUUCCAUACCCAAGGCUUCUCCAAGAGCAACCCCUCGUAGAGAUUUUUAUUAUAUGUCAGCUAGAUCUUUGGCCGGUAGUAAUACUCCACCAUUUAGAAGUUACCUUAGGGCAGCCAAAAGUGGUCCAUCAGCUGUGGGACUUGACAAUGAAUCAUCCUCAGAUGAUGAGGCUGCAGCCCCAGUUUCGGUUAGUAACACUGUUAGUCAGCCUAGACCAAUUCCACGAUCGGCUGGCUAUGGAACAUUUCUUGCUACAUCCCUCAACUUGCCUCUGCAAAGCAAGGCUUUGACACAAGCCUACAUUGGAUACACUGGACGAAGACUUUUACAUGAAGGUGGCGGCACGGAUCACAGUGCGUUUGGACAAUGGUUGGGAUGGCUAAUGGCAGCUAUCUACAUGGGUGGCCGGAUCCCCCAAAUAUGGUUAAAUAUUAAAAGAGGGAGUGUUGAGGGCUUGAAUCCUCUCAUGUUCGUCUUUGCGUUGGUGGCCAACCUCACUUAUGUGCUAAGUAUUGUUGCUAGAACCACUGAGUGGGAUAGCAUCAAACCGAAUAUGCCAUGGUUGCUGGAUGCUGCAGUCUGCGUGGCGCUCGACUUUUUUAUCAUUUUGCAGUACAUUUACUACCGAUACUUCCUCGAGAAAAGGGUGGACCAUGAAGAAUGCUACUACGGAGACUACGUGGAUGCUAGUAAAGCUGCUAUUUCUUGAUUGCAAAUUGUGUUUGCAAUUUUGAGAUUUAAUCUUUCGAGUAGAACAUCAAUUAUCAUCAAUCCGGUAUAUGAGCUUGUAUUUUUUUUUUUGUUUCUGUUUUCAAGGAAUUGUUUCUCUCGACAAUCAUAAACAAUGAUGUGUUUGUUGCUUUAUUAACGGAUUGGAAUGUAUAGUUUGUAGUUCGAAUCAAUAA